UCUCGCAGCAAGCGCAACAUGGAAGUUUAACCUGGACCAAAUUACGGAGAAGCAACUCGCUGAAAACGCUUCCGUCUGCGCGAAAAUAGAUAUUUAUUACAUUUCCUACCGACGUAGAUUUUUCUAGUCACUUUAGGAAUUAAUUUAAAGUAAUGACAAUGUUGGGUAUGUAUGUCCCAGAUAGAUUUUCUCUGAAAUCCUCUAAGGUCCAGGAUGGAAUCGGGCUUUACACGGCGAGGCGAGUGAAAAAGGGGGAAAAGUUUGGCCCAUUUGCUGGAGAAAAGAAACUGCCAAGUGAGCUGGAUGAGACCACGGACACCAGACUGAUGUGGGAGGUCCGAGGUAAUAAAGGCGAUGUGCUUUAUGUUCUGGAUGCCAGUAACCCUCGGCAUGCCAACUGGUUGCGUUUUGUCCAUCAGGCGCCAUCGCAAGAGGAGAAGAAUCUGGCAGCCAUCCAGGACGGAGAGAACAUCUUCUACCUGGCUGUAGACGACAUAGAGACCGACACAGAGCUGCUGAUUGGCUACCUGGACAGUGACAUGGAGGAGGAGGAGGAGGAGGAGGAUGAGGAAAUCAUAAAAGAAGAAGACGAAAACAGCAAAGAGGCCAAACAUCUCGUUGAAAUGGUGUGUACAGACCUGGUGAUCAAGAAGGAGGACCACCCAUGCCUGUUGUGUGAGAGCAGCUUCCCGAGCGAGGAGAUCCUUGCGGCCCACCUCCAGAGCCUGCACCAGAGACCGAGCACAGAGGAAAAGGACUACAAGUGCCGAAACUGUGGCAAGAAGUUCCCCAUCAGACAAGCCCUACAGCGCCAUGUCCUCCACUGCGCCGAGACCCUUGGUCCUUCAGGAGAGCACAGAGCGCAUCACCAGUGUUCACUCUGUCACAUCACCUUCAGCUCAGAAUCCAGUUAUGACCAGCACAAGGAAGCGUGUAGAGGAGAUGCCAGAUUCAUCUGUAAGGCUGAGAGCUGUGGGAAGAGGUUCAAGAGUAAAGAUGCCUUGAAGAAACACAAAGGGAACGUCCACACAGGAAGCUCCAGACGAAAGCUCAUGUGCACCAUCUGCAACAGGAAGUGCUCCUCCUUACUGAAUCUCCAGGAACAUCGCAAGGUCCACGAGAUCUUUGACUGUGCUGCCUGUGAUAAGAAAUUCAUCUCCACCAACCAGCUCAAGCGCCACAUGAUCACUCACUCAGAGAAACGGCCCUACACCUGUGAGAUCUGCAGUCGUUCCUUCAAGCGUCUGGACCAGGUGACGGCCCAUAAAAUCAUCCACAGCGAGGACAAGCCCUACAAAUGUAAGCUGUGCGGUAAGGAGUUUGCCCACCGGAAUGUCUACAAGAACCACAAGAAGACCCACUCUGAGGAGAGGCCCUUCCAGUGUGAGGAGUGCAAAGCCCUGUUCCGCACCCCCUUCUCUCUACAGCGCCACCUCCUCAUCCACAACAGUGAGAGGACGUUUAAGUGUGACCAGUGUGACGCCACCUUCAAGAGGAAAGACACGCUUAACGUGCACAUCCAGGUCGUUCAUGACGGACACAAGAAGUACAAGUGUGACCUGUGUGAGAAGGCCUUCGUCACCCCCUCGGUUUUGAAGAGCCACAAGAAGACGCACACAGGGGAAAAGGAGAAGAUCUGCCCAUACUGCGGACAAAAGUUUGCCAGCAACGGCACUUUGAGGGUCCACAUCCGCAGCCAUACAGGAGAGCGUCCAUACCAGUGCCCUUACUGUGACAAAGCAUUCAGCAAGAAUGACGGACUGAAGAUGCACAUCCGCACCCACACACGGGAGAAGCCAUACAAAUGCAGCGAGUGUAACAAGGCGUUCAGUCAGAAGAGAGGUCUGGAUGAGCACAUGAGGACCCACACCGGAGAAAAACCCUUCCAGUGUGAUGUGUGUGAUCUGUCAUUCAGCCUGAAGAAGAUGCUGAGCAGACACAAGCUGACCCACAACCCCAACCGGCCCAUGGCUGAGUGCUCGCUGUGCCAUAAGAAGUUCACCCGGAAUGACUACCUCAAAGUGCACAUGGAGAAUGUUCAUGGGGAGACGGAGGGCUAAGGGAAUCUACUGUAUCUCAUCGUUUACUAAAGAUAUAUACGACAUUAUUUACAGUGUUAUACAUACAGUAUGGCCUGAUAUGAAUUUCAGAUGUAGCAAUAAGCAGUAUUUUUCUCUAUUAAAUAUUAUAUAUAUAAUAUACAAACAUGCAUAUAAAUAUGGAAACCUCCUGAUUUCAAUGUUUAAACAUAUCCUGUACAUUUGAAAGAUAUGAAAUGUAGAUAUUACAUUCACAGGGACUUUUGGACAAUGCAUAAAACAUGGUUCUGAUCUGCUUCCAGUAUGUCCCUCUGUCCCUGUUUACAGUUUACAUUACGUUAACGUCUAAUAUGAUAUUUUGGGUGUGGCGUUUCCAGACAGUGCAGCACAAUACAACAACCAGGCUGGCUCAAAAAGCCUCAAGCCUACUUCCGUGCUUCUUAGUGCCUGCCUCAAGCUCGCCGUACAGUGUCUUUGCCACCUUCUCAGGUUUCCCACUGCCACAACUAUGCUUGUGACCAGUUAAAAACUUUCCAAAGAGUUUCCAAGCCAAAGAUGUUUACCAAAUACAGACAAGCCCACACAUUGUCUGGAAAUGCAAUGAAUUCCUUAUUAUCUGGAAAUGCAAUGAAUUCCUUAUUACUGUUGUCAAGUUACUGUUAAGAGCCACAAUGUUUUAUGUCUUUGAUAUCCGCAGAGUUUUAUAUGGCUUUUUCAUAUACCAAUGGACCCGACAGUUUCUUUGUGUUUACAGUGUUGUUUUUGUAAUCAUGUAUGUUAAAAGGAUUAAUGUACUGUAUUCAAUGGAUGGUGCAAUUAUGAAUGUUCCUCUGUUCUGUUUAUAUUACCAGACCCAUAGACGUUCUAUGUUCCACAGGCGUUCACAUGUUCCGUCUCUAACUGUUCACCUCAAACUGUGAAUGUUCCACAUUACACUUCCAUGUUGAAACGUACUUCAUAAAAAAGCAUGUUGCUUAACCUUUA